CGAUGGAUACACUUGUAAAUGUCAGCAAGGGUGGGAAGGCCUCCAUUGCGAGCUGGAUGUUGAUGAGUGCAUAUCCAGUCCCUGCAUACAUGGCAUCUGUGUUCAGAGGGAACCCAGCUUUGGUUAUACGUGUUUUUGCAAGCCAGGAUUUGUGGGACGAAGCUGUGAGCUUAAUUACAAUGAUUGCCUUAUACAAUCCUGCUCCACUGGGUUCCUUUGCGUUGAUGGAAUAAACAAUAUCACCUGUUUACCUACUAGCCCCCAAAGCAAGCAAACUGUCACUGAAAUGGCUGAAGUGUUUCCUACUGAGAUUUUAGAUAAUGACCUUUCAUCAGCCCCAUCUGUGUCUACAGAAAUUUGGUAUAAACAGGUUACUCCUGAUUUUCCUACAGGACAGGUGUCUCAAGAUUUCAGUCAUGCUCGCUAUUAUGGUGACUCUUACCUGGAAUUUCAAGGCUUGCAUUUGAACACACAAAACUUCAUCCACUUGGAAUUUAAGACCUAUAAUCCUCAUGGACUCCUUCUGUAUAUUGAGCAGAGCCCAGAAACAGUAGGACGUUUUUUAAUUCAGCUCUUCAUCAGGAAUAGCACCUUACAGUACCAGUUUUUAUGUGCUGAAGCAGCAGAAGUCAGAAACAUCAAUACUACUGCCAGAGUGGAUGAUGGACGCUGGUAUAAAGUACAAAUUAGGCAAGGCAUGGUACCGUGUGAAGCAGAAAUGUCAGUCCAGGAGGGAUCUACAAAUACAAGUAUGUCUAGCAGUAUUUGGUCCAGUUCAUAUUGGCUUGAAACAGGAUCCAUAUUUGUUGGUGGUUUGCCUCAUCCUUAUGCAAGAAAGCAGAUGCCUGGACCUAUGCACAAUUUCACUGGCUGUGUAGAAGUCAUAGAAAUCAAUAAUGUGGGACCUUUCAACUUCUCUAAUGCUGUGGGCAGAAAUAAUAUCGACAAUUGCAGGAUUCCUGUACCUGCACCUAUGUCAACAGCUUUCCUUAUGGUUGCUGCAGAUGUCUCUGAAUUGCCUGAGCCUGUUGUGCCCUCUCUGAUUCCUCCUGAGUUACUAUCUGUAUGCCAGGAGGGUUUGUGCCGUCACGGAGGGACUUGUCACCCUACCUACCUGUCUACGGGGGCCACCUCAUUUCAGUGUGACUGCCCAUUGCACUUCACUGGUCGGUUCUGCGAGAAAGAUGCAGCACUGUUUUUUCCAUCCUUCAGUGGAAAUUCUUAUUUGGAACUACCUUCUCUAAUGUCUGUAUCUGAGACACGAACUGCUUCUGGGUGGGAAACAAGCAAUCUGACAACUCUAUACUUGACAGUGAAAACAACUGCUUUAAAUGGCACUAUUCUUUACACUGGUGAGAAGAAUUUUGGAGAGCAAUUUCUUCACCUAUAUCUUGUGGAAGGCAGACCAACAGUGCGAUUCAGCUGUGGACAGUCUCAGAACAUUCUAACUGUGUCUAUCAGUCAAUCCAUUAGCAAAGAUACACUUGUCCCUAUCACAAUAAGUUAUAUGUUGCCUGUUGGCAGUCCUGGAGGUUACUGUAUGAUUGAAAUGUCUGCAGAUGGGAAUCCUCCUGUACAACACAGACUCUCUCUGUCAGAUCAAGCAUCUCAGAUCACCUUUGGAUCAAUCUUCCUUGGAAAUGUUCCUGUUCAUGAAGAGGUUCAUCGGUGUGCUGGGCAGAUACAUGGCUAUAAAGGUUGUGUUAGAGAUUUUCAAGUUAACAACAAAGAGUUGUUCAUCAUAGAUGAGGCUCUUGGAGGAAGGAAUGUUGUGAACUGCAAUGUUCCAAUAUGUGAUUAUAAUCCAUGUCGCAAUGGUGGAACCUGCAUCAGUGAUGCAGAAAAUUGGUUUUGUGAAUGCCCUAAACUCUAUUCCGGAAAACUCUGCCAGUUCAUGGCUUGUGAUGAAAACCCAUGUGGAAAUGGUGCUACCUGCUUUCCAAAGUCCAAGCAAGAUGCUGUUUGCCUUUGUCCGUAUGGAAGAUCUGGAAUGCUCUGCGCAGACGCUAUUAAUAUUAGCCAACCUAGUUUCAGUGGCACGGAUGCCUUUGGUUAUACCUCAUUCCUAGCUUAUUCUACAGUCCCAAAUAUCACCUUCUACUAUGAAUUCCGCCUGAAGUUUCAGCUGGUAAACCACCACUCAGCUUUACAAGAUAACUUGAUAUUUUUCACUGGACAGAAAGGCCAAGGUCUGAAUGGAGAUGAUUUCUUAGUAUUAGGUCUGCGCAAUGGCAGAGUGGUGUAUAGCUACAAUCUAGGGUCUGGCACAGCCUCAAUCAUCAGUAAACCACUUGAUCUGACACUCAAUAUUCAUGUCAUCCAUCUUGGCAGAUCUUUCCAAAAAGGCUGGCUGAAGGUGGAUGAUCAGAAGAAUAAAACAGUCACUUCCCCUGGGAGACUGGUUGGACUCAAUGUCUUCAGUCAGUUUUAUUUAGGAGGCUACCGUGAGUACACUCCAGAACUCCUACCAAAGGGAUCCAGAUUUAAGAACAGUUUUCAAGGUUGCAUUUUUGAUGUUCAAGUCCGCACUGACAAGAAUCAGGAGUUUAAAUCACCAGGGACUCCAGAAGGUCACCCCAAUGCUGGUCGUAGUGUUGGACAAUGUAAAGGUUCCCCAUGCAGUUUAAUAAAAUGCAGAAAUGGUGGGAAGUGCAUAGAAAGUGGCUCUACUGUUUACUGUGACUGCCUCGCUGGAUGGAAAGGUGCAUUUUGCACAGAGACUAUGUCGAUAUGUGAUCCAGAGCACGAUCCCCCACCCCUGUGUAAACAAGGUGGUACGUGUGUGCCACUGCCAAAUGGCUACACAUGUCACUGUCCUCUUGGAACAACUGGCACCUAUUGUGAACAAGCUGUCUCCAUUAGUGAUCCAUCUUUCAGAAGUAAUGAAUCAUCAUGGAUGUCAUUUGCACCCUUUUAUAUCCGACAUAAGACCCACAUCAAGCUGCAGUUUCUGCCUCUCUCUCCAGAUGGUAUCCUGUUCUACACCGCGCAGCGCCUGGGCACGCAGUCAGGUGAUUUUCUAUGUAUAUCCUUAGUAAAUGGAUUUAUACAAUUGCGCUACAAUCUUGGAGACAAGACAGUCAUUCUGCAGACUUUUCAGAAAGUCCGUACAGAAGGAAAUACAUGGUAUUCUCUCAGAGCAGGAAGAGUCGGUAAUGAAGGCUACCUGGAUCUGGACGGUAUCAACAUUACUCAGAAAGCUAGUGCUGGAAUGAACGCUCUAGACACACAUACAGAUUUUUUUGUUGGAGGAGUAUCCUCUUUAAAUCUUGUCAAUUCUAUGGCAACAGAAAAUGAGCCAACAGGAUUCAGUGGCUGUAUACGAGAAAUUCUUAUAAACAACAGAGAACUGAAACUGACUGUGACCGACCCAAAAGAUGGAGCCAAUGUAGGUGACUGUGAUGGAACAGCUUGUGGGUACACGGUGUGCAAAAAUAAUGGAACGUGUCAUGUCGAAGAUUCAGGCUUUUCUUGUUCUUGCCCACAGCAGUGGACAGGGAAUACAUGUGAACAAUCUAUUUACUGUUCACAAAACAGGUGUGGGUCUCAAGCUCUCUGCAUUCCUCAACCUAUUUUAUUUUCAUAUAUCUGCGUAUGUGCACUGGGAUGGUCAGGUAAGUACUGUGACGACAAAAUCACAUUUUUUACAGCAAAGUUUGUUGGUAACUCCUACAUCAAAUACAUAGAUCCACAUUAUGGAAAAAGAGACCUCCAACAUAGCCGUAUUUCUUUAAAUUUUACUACCAAUCAAACUGAAGGCUUAAUAUUAUGGAUGGGAAAAGCUGAAGAUGAAGACAAUGAUUUCCUUGCUCUUGGUAUUGACAAUGGAACAUUAAAAAUUGUAGUUAAUCUUGGAGAAAGAAUCUCAGUUCCUCUAAUUUAUAGCAAAUACUCCAUUUGUUGUGAAAGAUGGCAUGUUGUUACUAUAGUUCAAAACCAAACUUGUAUUAAGGUGUAUCUAGAUGAGGACCUAAUUCUUUUUGAAGACAUUGAUCCACAAAGAAAAUACACUGCUCUAAACUAUGGAGGCAUUUGUUAUUUUGGGGGGUUUGAAAUUGGCAAAGAAGUAAAUAUAGUCACUACAGGGCUUUUUCAGCAGGAAUUCAUUGGUAAAAUUAAAGAUGUUGUGCUCUUCCAAGACUCCAAAAAGAUUCAGCUAAUGAAAGCAGAAGGUUAUAACAUUUAUAAUGGAGAUGAUGGAAAAUAA